AUGUUGACAUAUCUUUACAUAAACACCACAGUAACAACGCAAAGUCGGUUCCGCACAUCACGUAGCAGUCCGGAUAGUUUCACAGUCGCGCCAUCACACCCAAGCGAAGGAAACAUAAACAUCACCAGCAUCGAUUGCAUGGAUGGCAUCAACGGACUCAUUGGGCGCCUUACCUACCUAUGUACACAUGUACCUACACACGUGCAAGACAUUCUUACCCAACCCAUGCUCUCUCUCACCACCAGCAAUCUACCACAGACAACCCCCUCUUCUCUGGCCGUAGUCCGAAUAAGAAUACCACAUCGCACGCAGUCCUUCCCAAUCCUCCGCAAUCAAUCCUCCUUCCGCAUCCUACGUCACGAUAACCUUAUCCUUAUCAUUCUCUCCGUUCCCGAAAGCAAAGCCUCGACCUGGUCUAAGCGUCUUAUUCCGCAAGCAUCGUUCAUGCAAAACUAG